UUGUAUCUCUGACAUUUUUUGUAUGGUUAUAUCAGGUUAUAUGAGUUUACUGGUUUUUUAGGCGUCCGUGCUUUGUGGUUGUGGCCUCACCACUCAGAAAGUAAAAGACAUCGCUUUAUCACGCGGUUUAAUUCCUUUGUUACAAAGAAUUUGGAUUAAACUCACUGUUAAAGCGAGUCCAGUAAAAACUAGUCGGUAUCAAUCGUCGUUUCCAUUCAUUUUAAGGUUAGGUAUUAGUCGGUUUUCGCGCGUUUCUCGUCCCACGUUUUUCCGUUAAUUUUUGCGAAGAAUCCAUCAACGAAAUGGAUGAAGAUUGGGAUGAUCCGACUCCGGUCGUUAUAAAUAACUUUGAUUCCGGAAAAGCCUUUUCCAGAGGUCGAGGAUUCUCCAGCAAUGUUGACAACGAUCCUCCCGGUGGCAAUUGGGAUGAUACCCCUACAUUUGAUUCAAACAAUGGUAAUUAUGGUGCUGGCUCCGGACGAUUUGAUAAACCACGGGGUAGAGGUAGAGGGGGAGGUCGCGGGGAUUUUAGAGGAGGACGUGGAGGCCGAGGUGGUCGUGGUGGUUUUGAUGGGAACUUAAAUGGAGAUGGUGAUAGUUAUAGAGGAGACGAUCGUGAUGGAGACGACCGGCCUAAUAGAGGUGGAAGAGGUGGCGGGCGUGGAUUUCGCGGGGGGUCGCGUGGAGGAGGUGGUGAUCGAGGUGGCGGAGACAGAGGAGGUGGGUUUGGAGACGGCGGAAAUGAGCAGGAGGAAAAGAAGAGAGAAAUUUAUAUUCCUCCAGAUCCCACACAGGAUGAAAACGAAAUGUUCCAUUCUGGAAACACAUCUGGGAUCAAUUUUAUGAAAUACGAUAAUAUUGAAGUAAAGACUAAUGGAGAAAACGUUCCAGCUCCAAUUAAAUCUUUUGAAGAGUCAAAUCUCAGACAAUUAAUCUUAGAAAAUGUUAAGAAAUCCGGCUACAAUAAACCGACGCCGAUUCAAAAACACGCCAUUCCUAUCAUAAUGAACGAUCGUGAUUUAAUGGGCUGUGCUCAAACAGGUUCAGGAAAAACCGCAGCAUUCCUUUUACCUAUAAUAAAUAGAUUAUUAGCUAUGCAAUCUGAAUUACCCGCUACCGACGGUUCAUCCGCUGAACCAUCCGCUGUUAUAAUUUCUCCCACAAGAGAACUUAGCAUUCAAAUCUUUGAACAAGCUCGAAAAUUCGCAUAUGGGUCGUACCUCAAAAUUAGCGUGGUUUAUGGAGGAACUUCAGUUAAUUAUCAGAAAUCGGCUCUACUCAAGGGUUGUAAUAUUUUAGUAGCCACGCCCGGACGAUUAAGCGAUUUUGUGGGAAAGGGUGUCGUUAGAUUCAAUUCGUGCAAAUACGUUGUUUUGGAUGAAGCAGAUAGAAUGCUUGAUAUGGGAUUUUUACCGGUCGUUGAAGAAAUGAUGUCUCAUUCUACAAUGAGCGACGUGGCCGAUAAGAAUAUGUUGAUGUUUUCUGCAACUUUUCCGGAUGAAAUUCAAAUGUUGGCUGGAAAAUUCCUUAAUAACUACAUUUUUGUGGCUGUGGGAAUUGUUGGGGGAGCUUGUGCCGACGUAGAACAAGUCUUUUAUGAAGUAGAAAAGUUUAAGAAGAGACAAAAACUUCUUGAUAUCUUAAGAGAAGAAGGAACCGACAAGACUUUGAUAUUCGUCGAAACCAAACGAAUGGCAGACUUUUUGGCUACAUUUCUCAGCGAAAAUGAUUGUAGUACGACCAGUAUUCAUGGUGAUCGUUUACAACGGGAGCGUGAAACGGCCCUUAACGAAUUCAAAGCUGGCAUUAGAAAUAUUUUAGUUGCUACCGGCGUUGCAGCUCGCGGUUUGGAUAUUAAAGACGUUAAACACGUUAUCAAUUUUGAUCUCCCAAAGGAUAUUGAGGAGUAUGUUCAUCGUAUUGGACGUACUGGACGAGUUGGAAAUCGUGGUAAAGCAACGAGUUUAUUUGAUGGCGACACAGAUAGACAAUUAGCAAGUCAUUUAGUGAAAAUAUUAAAGCAAGCAGACCAACCAAUUCCUGAUUGGCUAGAAAAGUCGGGACAAGGAAGAAGUAUGUACGAGUCUUCAUCGUUUGGUGGCGAAGAUGUUCGCGGAGACAGUUAUGGCCAAGAUCGGCAAACGAUCGCUCAGGACUUUGUUGCGGAAAAGGAUGAAGAAUGGUAAUCGCCGCGAGUAGAACGCCCCCUUUAUAGUUUCUUUCGCUAACUUAUAGUGAGACAUUUAUUUUGAGUUUAUUUCUAACUAUAAGAAUUCGAAAAUAAACGGAUCUGCAACAUGCUGUGCCUCGCAGUUUAGUUAACUUAAGUUUAUGAAGUUCUGUUUUGUUUCGUUUUAUAUUAUGACUUAAAAACAUUUACGAUGGCGUUAACAAAUUAUAAGUUUAUAUAAGUUAUGAUUUAUAUAUAUAUAAACUUAAAAAUGUUUGGUUAAGUUUCGUUUAUCGUCGAAAAAGUUUUGUUUUGUUUCGUUAGUUAUACCUACAAAAAUAAUGAUUGUUUCAUACUUAUUUUGAGUCUUAGUUAUUAGAGUUUCGAAAAUAAAUAUUUUUUUAUAGCAUACCAAA